AUGCGCCACGAAACGUUCCACCAUCAAUACCACCUCAGCGCCCGCACUCCUGACAUCCUGGCAUGGCUACACAGCCCUCCCUUGUUCUGCUGGGCAAAGACGAAGACUACGCCCAUCCUGUGUAAUGCGAGCGAUCCUUCAGGGGGCCCGUACGAUUGGACCCUAGAGGCGGCUCAUAUCCCGAUGACGUGGCGUACUUUCUUUCAAUUCCCGUCCAACGGCUUGAUCAUGGAUAUGCAGUACGGCAUGCUCAAGUGUCGACUUCAUUCUGAGUGGAUGAUCGAUGCUGUUGCAGGGCAUGAAGGGGAGGAUGUGGCCCUACUGACGGGAAAGGUCAGCUUGGAAGCGCCUGACGUCUUCUUUGGGGUGAUGAAGCGACUGAUGAUUGAUUGGAUCAGUAAGCGGAACAAUGGGAGGUUGGUCAAACGCAUUCAGGAGGGUGUGGGGAGGAGCAUCGUGACGAGUCAGAGCAACGAGCAUGAUGCAGUCUGCGAGGAUGAGAAGGGACUGUAG